AUGGCUUCCACUGAACCGGCAUAUGUGGCGGUUGCCCAGCGCAAACAAGCCGAACUGGCUGCUGCUAUUCCAGCGCAAUGGAAACUUCCUACACAACUCAUUCCCGCGGGAAUGCUCACGCCAGCCGAGUCCAUCACCGAGGGUCCGAAGCUGUAUGGCCGAGUCAACGUGAUGGAGAUUCCCCGUACCUGUGGGCUUUUAACAGCCGAGGAGCUAGAGAUUACAGAGAAAUAUGACGUCCGAGCCCUCGUAUUGGCAAUGACCGAGAGCAAACUCAGGGCUCAGGAUGUGGUACAGGGAUUCUGCAAAAGAGCAGCAAUCGCUCAUCAGCUGACGCGCUGCUUAACCGAGCCUCUGUUUGAUCGUGCAAUACACCGGGCGCGGGAACUUGACGACCACCUCCAACGUACAGGUCGUCCCAUCGGCCCCUUGCAUGGCCUCCCCGUCUCUGUGAAGGACACGUUCAAUAUCCAAGGUGUAGAUUCAAGCAUCGGCCUCUCCGCGCUGGCUUUCAAACCUGCCUCCGCAAAUGCCCCGCUAGUUGAUCUUCUGGAGAGCCUCGGUGCCAUCGUCAUCGCCAAGACAAACGUGCCUCAAACGCUCGCGACGUUAGACAGCUGCAACCACCUUUUCGGACGGACACUUAAUCCACUUAACCGUCAAUGGACAGCUGGCGGCAGCACAGGUGGCGAGGGUGUCCUCGUCGCGAUGCGCGGAACAAUGGUCGGGUUUGGCACGGAUAUUGGCGGCAGUAUCCGUGUGCCGGCGAUGUGCCAGGGCAUAUAUGGAUACAAGCCGAGCAAUGGACGUGUUCCGUAUGGUGGACAGGAAAGUGGACAACUUCCUGGAAAAGGUCGGAUGGCUCUGCAGGCUGUGGCUGGUCCACUUGCACGCUCGGUCGCAGACCUAGGCGCUAUUAUGGCUGAGAUCCUGCCUAGAGCUGAGCUUUUUGAUGAGGAUUGUAUUCCGGGAUUCUGGCCUACGCCUGCAUCUUCAGUGCCGGUCAGCCUGACACUGCCGCGCAACUUUACUAUUGGUAUCCUUAAGACGGAUGGUCUUGUCACCCCUUUGCCACCUGUGGCUCGUGUGAUUGCCGAAGUCGCUCAACUCUUACGCCAGACUCCUGGUAUUGAGGUUGUUGAUAUCCCCACUCCGCCGGCGAUGAACAAGUGCCAGGGACUUGCUGGUCGGCUUAUGGGUGUUGACGACGGCUCAAGUAUGAUGGAUCUCAUUGAAAGUAUGGGCGAGUCUUUAAUUCCCUGGUUGCAAGGUCGCUACGGACGUGGCAAGGCAUUGGAUGUCAAGCAGCUAGCAGCUCUACACGCCCAGCGCUCUCAAUUAGAAAAGGAGAUGUCAAAGAUGUGGACACUCGGUGUAUCCCGUGAGAGACGCGUGGAUGCUAUCAUUUGCCCCGUGGCACCGCAUCCGGUUCCCCAAAUGGACCGCUAUAAUGCUGUCGGGUACACCUCGUCUUUUGUGCUACUCGACUACCCUGCCGGCACAGUACCGGUGCGCCGGUUUGUCGAGUCUGACCUGGAACUUGGGCAGGAGAUGACUUCACCAGAGCUGGGUAGCUGGGAUAAGGCGAACCGUAAAUUAUGGAAUGAGAAAACAACCGAUCGUCGGGCUUACCUGGACUCGCCAUUGAGUGUCCAAGUCGUCACUCCAAAGCAACGGGACUAUGAGCUUUUCCAAGCGAUGGAAAUUGUCGACAGAGCAGUGCAGGGGCGCGUGGCCACUGCAAAGCUGUGA